GGAUCUCAUAUCCGCCGAAUCCAAGCAUAUACUAUAGAUAUGUUUUUGAUAUACUUAUAUAUGCAUACAUUCACUUGAACUGUAAACAUAACCUCUUAGUUUCUGACAAAACACUGUUGAUCGGCGCUUUUAUAAGCCGUAAUAUUAACAAAUAAUACAGUACACAUAAUUUUAAUGUAACAAUAAUUGCAUCAGAAAAGCCGAAAUAAUGGCUGCUUGUCAAGUAAAUCAAAUAUUUCUGGGAGAAAUAUCUUCAGUUCAAAAUUAUGGAGCAUUUGUCAAAAUCCCGGGAUGUCCUCAACAAGGAUUAGUUCAUCGAUCACAGGUAAGUUCAGCACAUGUCGAUGAUGUGGGAGAAGUUUUACAAAGAGGAGAACGUAUUUGGUGUAAAGUCAUAUCGAUCGGUGAAGAUGGAAAAAUUGCACUUUCAAUGAAAUUAGUAAAUCAAGGUAAUGGCAAAGAUUUGGAUCCAAACGGUGUACAGUUACAGUUAGAUGAACAACGAAAAAAACAAAUGGGUGGUAGACAAGAGAGGAAAGCCAUUGUUCUGGAUGCAGUUUAUAAAACUGUUUGCACAAAAUGCAAAACUGCAGGCCAUCUUGCUAAAGAUUGUUUUACAACACCUGAUGGUAAAAAGUAUGAACUUUUACCUGAAAUAGAUGAAGAAGAAGCUGUUCCUCAACCAGUAAAUAAUCUAGAAGCAGUGGAUAGCGAAAGUAGAUCAAAAGAAAAGAAACACAAAUCAAAAAAAUCUAAGAAAAGAAAGAAAAGUAAAACAUCAAAAAAUAAUGAUUCAGACAGUGAUGACAGUGAUUCCUCAGAUGAGAAAACAAAGAAGAAAAAGAAAAAAUCCAAAGUAAAGAAAAGUAAAAAGAAGAGGCGAAGAGACAGUUCUAGUGAUAGUGACUCCUCAGACAGUAGUGUUUCUAAUUAUGAAAAUAAAAAACAUUCAAAGAAAUGUAAGCAUUCUCGAGUCCGAAGUUCUGAUUGAGGCUAAUAUGUUGGUUAAACAUGUUUAUAGCACUUACGUAAGAUUAUAUAUGUAUAUAUUAAGCUGACUAAAUUGUCUAUUAAAAUUACAAUUGUAACUUUAA